ACCACCGACCGGAUCCGAACUCAAUCCCGUAUUUGUCCAAGUCAAUUCCUCUCCAAGUUUCUUAUAAAAGCUGCCCCGCCAAAAGUCUUCACCAAAUCUAACCAUCCCCUUUCAUAAAACCAAUAUUUCUAGCUUCUUCCCUUCUCUUGAUACAAUAGAAACGGUCCACCAUGGGCAAUGGGCUCUCCCCUUGCUUCAGCUCAUCCUCCGAUAACCUGGUGAAGCUCGUCUUUUGGGGCGGCACAACCAAGUUCCUCACGGAGAAGCAGCUCGCCGGCGAGCUCAUGUUCCAAUUCCCCGACUGCGUCGUCUGCCACGCCGAUUCCUUCUACAUCGGGCAGCCGGUCCCGGUCAUGUCCCUCGACGACGAGCUGCAUGCAGGUGAGACGUACUUCGUCAUCCCCGUCGCCCGCUUCCCAUACAACCAAAUCCUCACGGCUGUAACCCUAGCGUCGCUUUCCCCCGGCCCGACGAAGCCAUCGCUUGCCAGCUUUGGUCAGUGCCCGUUUGAGUACGUGAAGGCCGCCGACGGCAGGACGGUCAUCAAGGUUCAGCCCAAGUUUAUAACGAAGGUCAUCACCGCCGACGAGGGGAGGCAAAACUGUGGUAGAGAUUGUGGAGUUUUGUGCAGCACGCCGGAGCUAAAGAAGCACUAUGCACAGCUUGUAGGGUCGAGAGACCGUCCUUGGUCUCCGAAGCUCGAAACGAUCUCAGAGAGUAAGAAUAGGUUAUCCCCAGUGAUAUUAUCACCAGCGAGAUUGUUUGGUUUGGAAAAGAGAUCGAGGUAGAAAUAAUGGCUUCCUUCUCUUCGAGAAAAGAUUGGUUAUGGAUGGUAUAAACUCACCUUUGUAAGAGAAAAAUGAUGUUGCAACGAUGAACUUGUAGAUCUGGUAUUGUGGAGGAAAUUGUGUAGAUUUUAAUUUAUCACUGGA